AUCUCAAUUUCUUCACCAAUCACCCCCGACAAAUCCCUCCGGCCGCUCUUUCUCCCCGUCCCCGGGAUCGUCAGGCAUUCGGCCAUGAGGAGGAGCGGGGGGGUCAGGAAGAGCUUCAGUCAUUAAUAGGCCCCGAAGAUUGGAGCAGUGAGAGAGUGCAACUACGUUCUGACAUCUGUGUGCACCUGUCAUGCUGGCCACAGCCUCUCUGUGCAACGGUGUUCACGACUGGACAAACUCGGACCGAAUCCGGAUGUGUGGCAUUAAGGAAGAUAGGAGAUCUUCACUCACAGAUGCAGAAUCCAGGAAAAGUGUUCCACAGCCACUAGGGACGGAAGAUACUUGUAUUAGCAACCACACUGAAGUGGCGACUGAACGAAUGAGCAAUGGUGCCCAUCAAGUCGAGUGGGAUGAAAGUAACUUAUUGCAGGAGGAACUUCAGAAUUGCAAGAAUAAUGAGCCUGAAAAAUCUGUUCGCAAAGAAGAGGAGGUCACCUUCAUGACCACUUCGGACACACAGUUAAAGACUGAAAAAGUUACAAAUGUGGAAAGUAAAUUGCUUCAUGGGGAAAUGCCAGAAAGUGGAGAUGACAAAAUGAAAAAUUUGGAGAGUACGGGCAUGCAUCGUAAAGCACAACAAACUCUGUCAAAAACUACUUGCACUCAGGAAAACACUGGGGAACCAGAAAAGACUAUAAAGCAAAAAGUGACUCCUGGGACUGAAGCUAAGUAUCAAGGACUCCUCUGGAAUGAUCCACAAAUAGACAGUGCUAAAUCAGGGAAUUGCCGCCCUUUUGAUGCACCAAACUCAUUAAACUUGUUCAAACCUGGUUUAUCGUCAUCCCAGAAUUUACACACUGUUACUCGACCAUUUCUUUCACCAAUGUUUAACCAGGGUCCACAUUUGAUGUACUUACCACCAAACUUGGUCCAUCCCCAUGUUGCAUCAUCUCUUCCAACAACUUUAGGAGUUACAGUGCAGACAGUACCACCAUUUUUACAAAGUAAAGGAGGCAGCAUUAAUGUAACAUCUGAUCUACAUUCAUAUUCUCAUCCAGUGAUGCUCAACAGACCUUUGACUUCAGAAUCCAAGAUCAAACAUACUGCUGACUACUCUCAGUCCCUGUUUGCAAAAAAUAAAACUGAAUCAGAAUCCUCUCAGCAGCAACAGAUUUUAGCUUCCACCUCCCAUGCUUCACUACCAACUUCCCACGUUUAUUUCAACCCAGGCAGUGAAUUAUCUUUGGGACAAAAGAUCCCAAAUAGUCAGUUAUCUAAACUUCCUGAGUGCAGUUCUACUCACCAGCGUUCAGGUGGGCCCUCAGAAAAUUCACAUCCUCCAUUCAUAGUAUUUAGAUCUCCACCUCAACUUGAGAAGCAGAUAUAUCCAGAGGGAUCCCAUGACUUGCCACUAGAUUUGUCAGCAAAAUCAAGCUGUCAUGGUAUUGGGGUUAAACAGAAUUCUUUCCCUGAGCUGCGGAAAACCCCACCUAUGCCAGUAUUGACGCCUGUUAAAGGAGAUAGAUCAUUCUCCCUGUUGCACUCUAAAAAUGAUGGUAUCACAUCUCAAAUUCCUCAAGGUAUCUAUAGUGCCAACAGUAUUAAAGGAAACUUUGGUUUAACAUCACCUGUUGUGGUUUUUCCAGAUACUAUAAGAAAUGGCACUACUCUUCAAAAGAAUUCAAUUGACCCUUUAACCUUGCAGCCAUUGAACCCAGCUUGGUCCUGGGUAAAAGGUUCCAGUAAACUGGUGAACCAUAACCCACGGACUUUUGUUGGUGUAGCCAAUGCUAUACCUGCGUCUAUGUUACAGAUUGGUAAUGAAGAUUCUAAGAAUGCUGCUAAGCAAGAACCAAUUUCAAUUGUUUACCAAGGCGAUUGCCAGUUAUCACUUGCCAAUGGUGACAAAAGUGGGGAGGCCAAAAAGGAUGCAUGUGGAGGUGAAGGUGUAAAAAAACCUAAUAGUCAAUUGCAUAGCUGUUUUGUUUCCAACCCAAAUGAAGUGGCAUCAUUUCAUUCAAAUACAUAUCCCCCAUUCGUCAUUAACCACCUUUAUCUGGCAAAAGAUAAAACUCCAUUUCAUCAUUCAUCAUUGUUAACUAAUGGCAGUUGUUCAGCACAACAGCUACCCCUAGCUCAAGGAAUUCCUUGUGGGUUAACAUCUUCCAGAGGUGAAUAUACUUUAUUUCAAAGCCCACAUCAUCUGGGGGCUGUUUGGACUCCUCAGAACUGUGGAGAAAAAACAAAAGAAGACAAGCUACAGAUAAUGGGUUCGCCAUUAUCCAACUUGGAGACUAUUGUUCGUAACCGGGCUUUGGAACUAUUUGCAAUUGAAAGUAAAAAGGACAAUCCGAAAUCAUUCACUCCAAAUGCAAUAAGUAAGGAAGGUACUCCUUCCAAAGAUUUGAACCAAUCAGCCUCCAGUAGUACAAAUGUAGUUGACUUGAGCCGUUUACCUUUUGAAAGCAAAAGUGGUCAGAAAGAUCAACAAAAUAUGAUUUCUACAAUCAAGGUGGACAAAAUGGGUAAAACCAAUAAUGGAAUUACAAGUGAAAAUUCUAAUAAUUCAACGGGUGAUGUGGAUGAAGUUGGAAAAAAUCAAAAUAUGGAGCAAAAAGGACAAAGAAUAAUUACUUCUUUGCUAUUGAGCAACCAGCCUUUAAUUAAUCAUAGCCAUAGUAUUAAGGAUCUUCCUGUUGUAGAAAGUGACAAGAAGGUAGAGCUAGCAACCAUACAAGAGUUGGCAUGUGGAAAUACAACAUCCUCCAAAUUAUCUACAGAUGCAGAUCAAUCCAUGACUAAAGCUAUAUGUAAUGAGAAAGAGCAUUGUGGACCAGUCAAAUGUACUGUUACCAAAGAAAAGAAGGAUGGUUCAGUGAAGAAUCUAGUUUCUAAAUGUAAAGGACCUAAUUCAGUUAGAUGCAGUACAAAUCCAUCUAGCUAUAUUGGAAAGAAGUUGAAAUGCACUAAGAAGGAAGAUAUUGUAAGUUGCAAAAGAUUAAAUCGGGAACAGCAGACCAUUCAGGGAUCCAAAAGACGGUCAAGCAGUCUCGAAGUGAGUCAUAGAGAUAGUGAAGAUGAUGUCUGUUCAUCCAAAGGACUUGAUGGAGAAAGAAAAAGCAAACGGCUGAGAACACCAAAGACUGAAUGUUCUUCUAGAACAGCAAUACAAGAAAAAGAUCUUUCUUUAAGAAAAGGCAAAAAUAGUUUUAAGGACUUCAUUCCAGUGGUGUUGAAAACCAGGACACGUAGUCAGUCAGAAAGUUUCUGUGUCUCAUCAGUACAUGUGACUUGUGACCAGACGGACAGUACAUUGGAAGAAAGUCAGCUUAUGCAUGAGGAAGUGGAAAAUGAUGUAAAAGCAAAGAAAAGUUCAAGGAGUUGGGAGAAGUCUACAACGGAGAAUAAAGGGACCAAAGAAGAGAGUGAGGUGGGAAGGACUGGCAGUUCGAUAACUGACGUGGGUGAACAGAAUAGUUUGGAACCACUUGACUCGGGUUGUAUAACAGAAAUUGAUGGGAAUUGUAAAAGUAGUAAUAAACGAAACCCUGCCAUCAAAACGCAAAUAAGAACCAGUAGGAAGAAAUUUAAAAGUGAGAAGGAUUCUGAAGUACUUUUACACAAAAGGGAGGAAAAUCAAGAUAACACAGGAAUAAAGACACGGAAAGCUGUUACUACAGGAACAUGGACACCUCCUACUUCACCGCGGAAAAGGCUUGCUCUUUCAGGCACUUUGCCCAGUGCUGAUUGGAAUCUGAGUGUCAGACACAGCACUCCUGUGUCAGGAGGUUUACGAAAACGUAAAGAAUCUUGUAGUACAGGCUCUCUCAACUUGAGUCACAUAUCCGAAUCUCCAAGCCAGUUUCAGUCAGAAAAACCAUCAGGAAAACGUAAAUGUAAAACAAAACAUAUUAUUGGACCCCAAUCCCCAGACGAAGAUGCAAGCAACCAAGGAAGACACAAGAUUAAAGUAAGGCAAAAACGCUCUCUAAAGCGCUCAGCGUUAAUGCUCGAUUCUGAUUGGAGCCCAUCACCAAAGAAGCAACGUGAUCAUUCAACCCACUGGAAAAAGCGGACAUCUUCAGUUACUCCUGUAAAAUAUGCAACAGUGCCACGGUCACCAUGUGCUCAAGCAGAGACAUCUGCAGGCCAGCAGUCACAAUCUGAAACACGAAAGUUAAUAGUAAAUAAGAAUGCUGGCGAAACACUGCUGCAGAAGGCUGCACGAUUAGGCUAUGAGGAUGUAGUUAUCUACUGUUUGGAGAACGCCAUUUGUGAUGUCAAUCACCGGGAUAAUGCUGGGUAUACAGCAUUGCACGAAGCUUGUGCACGUGGCUGGCUUGAUAUUGUCACACGGCUCCUAGAGCAUGGAGGAGAUGUGAACUGCAGUGCGCAGGAUGGUACCAGACCUAUUCAUGAUGCUGUCGUGAAUGAUAACCUGGAUGUUGUCCAUAUUCUUCUGUCGUAUGGUGCAGAUCCCACCCUUGCUACCUAUUCGGGUCAGACGGUUCUGAAGAUGGCUCAUAGUGAGCCAAUGAAACAGUUUCUUUUAGAAUAUUUCACUGACCUGAGAGGCCGGAGUGAAGAUGAUCCAGCCCUUCACUGGGAAUUUUAUGGAAGCUCUGCAUGUGAGCAGGACAAGGAAACUUCUUGUAACAUUUUGGCAAACCCUCCUGGCCUUGAUGAAGAGGAAGAUGAAGAUAUCAAUUAUUUUGCAUUUGAGUUUUCAGACAAACCUCUUCUUACAUGUUACAAUAUACAAGCUUGCCUUUCUCAUGGCCCUUGCAAUUGGCUUGUAUUAGCCGAAGUUCUUCGAAGACUGAAAAUGUCAGUCAGGAUUUUCCAAUCCCGCUUCCCUCACUUUGAAAUAGCUACCAUUACAGAGGUAGAAUUUUACAAACAGGUGUCCACAAGCCAGGUACAUUUCCAACUUGGGAACCUUCAGUUCUGCUCCCUCGAUGGCAGGAUGUCUCUGGAACUGGUACGGUGUGUACCUGAGUUGUUGGACCUCCUUGGUUCUACGGUGGAACUAUUAACUGAAGACUGUGAGAAAGUUAUUACAUUCACAAGGUGAACCAAAAUCAUGACUGAUUGACAAACUAUUCCCACUUUGAAUAAUAGGGAAUGAAUUGAUUGGGUACUAGCAGGUGUGUAUACUAAGCCAGCCAGUACUUCCGUUGUUUCAAAUCAGGCAUGGACCAGCCACCCAAACAGAACAGAAAAAUAAUAGGUCAGUUCUGACCUUAGUGCAACAAAAUAAGGAUUGCUGGGAUGUUUAAAGGAAGUGUUAAAAAUACUUUAACUAGGUUCAUUAAAAUAUUUUCUACCCAACUAAUUAUGUUGAGUGCACCUAAGUUUGUGAUCCACUAACCAUGAAAAACAAUUAGUAAUGGAUUAAGUAAUUCUUGUGAAAUAAUCAAUAUUUAUUCCUGUUCCCAAAUUUUGGAUAUCAUUUUUCCUUUAAUCGCUUUUUACGUAAGGUAUAUAAAACUUCCUUUCCUUUCUACCCAAUUCACUCACUAUCAUACACAACACUAGUCUCCAUUGAGAGCACAGGUUGGUGGUCUAUUCACAGUCAUUUAAGAACUGCAUUCUCAGACAGCUUCAAGAAGAUAGCAAGAAAGUCUUAUGAAGAAUUUUCCUGGUUUCUCUCACUCUUCUUCAUGGAUUCUUGAGCUAAAUGAUAGCACUGCAUAUUAUGAAUCUGAGAGCAGUCAUUCAACAGAGUAUAGAUUAAACUUGCAUCCAAGCAUUAUAACACAAUGUGCUCUUCUGUGUUAAAGAAACCCAGCUGUGCGUGUGCAACUUUUUGUUUGAAAAAUUAAUUUGCAUCUGACUUAGAUACUAACAGAACAAAAUGGUAUUAAUUUUGAAUGAGUUGGGUAACAUGUUUCAAGAUCAAGAAACAGGAAUUAGCCAGAAUUAUAUCACCUGAAAGAUCUAAGACAUAAGGAUCAAAGUCAAAACUCUUCAGUGUAGUAACUGAAUACACAUUCAUUCCU